AGGCGGGCGCAGCGCACAUUGCUGUGGCGCGCGUAGGGCAGCCCACGUGUCUCCCGAAGUCGGGCCCUGAGUUCCCCCCCCAGCUUCUCUUACCGCCGCGAUCCGGGGCGCUCCCUCGGCCCCCUUGGUGUGUGCCCACCCCGGCCCGCGCGAGCAGGGCCCCCCGCACAAUUUCCCGCGCUCCGUGGGCCAACUUGGAGAAUCUACUUUGUCCCCGGAGCCGCACGGGGGGUUCGGGGCACUGCGCAUGCGGAGCUCCAAAUUCAAACAGCUGUUUCCAGAGGCUGGAGGGCGGGUGGACCGGGAGCCACUGGGGCUAGGAGACGCGUUGGCCCGGAGGUGGCCGCUCGGGAGCCAUGGUGGACCGGGGCCCUCUGCUCACCUCGGCCAUCAUCUUUUACUUGGCCAUCGGGGCGGCGAUCUUCGAGGUGCUGGAGGAGCCGCACUGGAAGGAGGCUAAGAAGAAGUACUACACGGAGAAGCUGCAUCUACUCACCAAGUUCCCAUGCCUGAGCCAGGAGGGCCUGGACGAGAUCUUGCAGGUCGUAUCUGAUGCUGCAGGUGAGGGCGUGGCCAUCACAGGGAACCAGACCUUCAACAACUGGAACUGGCCCAAUGCAAUGAUCUUUGCAGCCACUGUCAUCACUACCAUCGGUUACGGCAACGUGGCCCCCAAGACCCCCGCGGGGCGCCUCUUCUGUGUCUUCUAUGGUCUCUUCGGGGUGCCGCUCUGCCUGACGUGGAUCAAUGCCCUGGGCAAGUUCUUCGGGGGACGCGCGAAGCGGCUGGGCCAGUUCCUCACCAAGAGAGGCAUGAGCCUGCGGAAGGCGCAGAUCACGUGCACGGCCAUCUUCAUUGUGUGGGGCGUGCUGGUCCACCUGGUGAUCCCGCCCUUCGUGUUCAUGGUGACCGAGGAGUGGAACUACAUCCAGGGCCUCUACUACUCCUUCAUCACCAUCUCCACCAUCGGCUUCGGCGACUUCGUGGCUGGUGUGAACCCCAGCGCCAACUACCACGCCCUGUACCGCUACUUCGUGGAGCUCUGGAUCUACCUGGGGCUGGCCUGGCUGUCCCUCUUUGUCAACUGGAAGGUGAGCAUGUUUGUGGAGGUUCACAAAGCCAUCAAGAAGCGGCGGCGGCGGCGGAAGGAGUCCUUCGAGAGCUCCCCGCACUCCAAAAAGGCUCUGCAGAUGGCGGGCGGCACCGCCUCCAAGGACGUCAACAUCUUCAGCUUCCUGUCCAAGAAGGAGGAGACCUACAACGACCUCAUCAAGCAGAUUGGGAAGAAGGCGAUGAAGACGAGCGGGGGUGGGGAGAGGAGCCCGGGGACGGGGCCCAGAACUGGACCUGGACCGGGACCGGGACCAGGACUGGGACCAGGCCCGGGGCCUCAGGGGGAUGGGCUGCCAGGCGUCCCCGCCUCCCUGGCACCCCUGGUGUUCUACUCCAAGAACCGGGUGCCCAGCUUGGAAGAGGUGUCUCAGACGCUAAGGAGCAAAGGUCAUGUGUCGCGGGCCCCCAGUGAGGAGGCUGGGGCCGGGCCCCCCGAAGGCAGCUCCCCCACCUCUGAGGUGUUCACUAACCAGCUGGACCGCAUCAGCGAGGAGGGCGAGCCGUGGGACGCCCAGGACUACCACCCGCUCAUCUUCCAGAACCCCAACAUCACCUUCGUGAACGAGGAGACCGGCCUCUUGGACGAGGAGACGUCCAAGUCCUCGCUGGAGGACAACCUGGCCGGCGAGGAGCCGCCCCAGGAAGAGGCAGAGGCCCAGGCGCCCCUGGCCUUGGGCGAGUUCCCCUCCUCGGACGAGUCCACCUUCACCAGCACCGAGUCGGAGUUCUCUGUGCCUUACGAACAGCUGAUGAACGAGUACAACAAGGCCGACUGCCCCAGGGGCACGUGAGGGGGGGCCGGCCCCCCACUCCACCUUUGAUGGCGUCCGUUACCUUCAUCCUGGGCCUUCCUGCCGAGCCUGAGACCCCUGGAACUGGGAGUGGGGGGCCAGGGGCCUUUCUCGCCUGCCUUCCCCUCCGGCUAGCUGCUGCCUGCCAAGCGUGGCGCCCAGGACAGGGCCUCUGUUCGGCUGAGCGGCACCCCGGCGGUGGGAGGCGUCUGUCCUGAGCACACCUGGUUUAUUCGAUGGCUCGGGCACGGGUGGGCUGGCAGGACUGACCCCCAGGAGGCCUGCACUGCGUGGGCCUUCCGCCAUCAUGCGGUUGAGAAUGUCACACGGUUCUCUGAGGGCGGGCCGAGGCCACUUGAGCUGACCAGUAUUAAUGAGCUUGUGUGCUCCGCACUGACCUGGCAUGCAUUUCGGAGAGAGGGUGGGCCCUGCCUUUGCAGGAGGUAUAGCUGAGGGGUGGGGGCUGGGCGCUUCAGGCCUCUGCAGGAGCAGGGCCCUGCCUGGGGCAAGAAUUUACGCCCCCCCCCUCCCACCCCCCCAUCCCCCUGUCUGCCUGUCUGGCCCCUCUGCAAACUGUGGGGCAGAGACCGCCUCGGGGAGGGAGCGAAGAGAUAAACACUCCUGCUGUGGGAGCAAGUCCCAUGCGGGCUGAGGUCCUAGAUCUUGAUGAUUCACUGGGGACUGUGCCCCGCUGGGAGGCCAGUCCCUGUCUCAGACGGUAGAUGCGGGCUUUCUGUCUCCAGGGAAGUGGUGGGAGGAAGCGAAGGGGCAGGCCACGGCCUCUGGGGCUGGGCUCCUGGAGCUGGUGACCAGGGAGCUGCAGGAGCCAGCUCAGCUCUGCCCCACUCCCGUCUCCCUGUGCCCAGAACAAGGACCUCGCUGCUCUCCAGGUUGCUCUUGGCUCAGCAGUGGGAAUGGCCAAAUAUGUGAAUCAAGCUCCUCCCUCCAGCGUACCUGUGCGUGCAUGUGUGUGUGUGUGUGUAUGUGUGUGUAUGUGUGAAGGAUGUGAUGGAGGAGCUAAAGAUAAUGUGAAACCACGCAGACUGUCUGGUGGGGCUGGCAGGGUUCCUAGGUUCUCCAUGAUGGACACUCUGGGGCCGGCCCACUGCCCUGCAUGGUUUGCUAUUUUUUACAUAAACUGCUGUUUUUAUAUCCCUGGCAUCUGUCGUUGGCGUUAGAGCCUGAGGAGAGAGGAGGAGAAAGAGCAGGGUCCCCAGGGUUGGGAUGUUCAGUGUUCCCCCUCCAAGCCCCUAACUCAAUUGGGCCUUCCUUGGUGACCUCAGCCAAGGUCAUGAGUCCCCACGCAGGGUCGGGGGGAGGAGCACUGAGCAGAGUUGGGGAGGGCACCCGUCACGGCCGAUGGAUGCCCGGCAGGAGGUGAGUGAUCACCCUUGGCCCCAACACCCUCUCUGCCUCUCAGCCCCUUCUCUGAUACUGUAGGACCACACAGGGUCAGAACCCAACAUGUGAAGACAGCGAUGGACACGUGUGUCCACACCCCCACUCAUCCUGUAGCUGAGGGAUGUGCUGGCUGGACAGUGGGGUGAGAAGGAGCGCCCUGUUUUUCUGUGAAAUGUUUUCAUAUGUCUUCGUUCCCUCACCCCACCUUGUUGGGGUGUCACUGGCUGACCUGGAAUCACACACACUGUCUGUACAUACCGGCAAUGAUGUCAGAUGUAAUUUAUUUUAACAUUUUUACAAUAAAACAUGUGAUGGACA